UGUGUGCAGGGGGGAGGUACCCUCUCUUGUUAGUUAGCGAGGUGCUGGAACAUGAGGAGGCUCUAGCUUGUUGUGUGUGUGUGUGUGUGCGUGUGUGUGUGUGUGUGUGUGUGUGUGUCUGUGUGUGUGUGUAGGGGGGAGGUCCCUCUCUAGUUAGUUAGCGAGUUGCUGGAACAUGAGGAGGCUCUAGUUUGUUGUGUGUGUGUGUGUGUGCGUGUGUGUGUGUGUGUGUGUGUGCGUGUAGGGGGGAGGUACCCUCUCUUGUUAGUUAGCGAGGUGCUGGAACAUGAGGAGGCUCUAGUUUGUUGUGUGUGUGUGUGUGUGCGUGUGUGUGUGUGUGUGAGUGUGCGUGUAGGGGGGAGGUACCCUCUCUUGUUAGUUAGCGAGGUGCUGGAACAUGAGGAGGCUCUAGUUUGUUGUGUGUGUGUGUGUGUGUGUGUGUUUGUGUGUGUGUGUGUGUGUGUGUGUGUGUAGGGGGGAGGUAUCCUCUCUUGUUAGUUAGCGAGGUGCUGGAACAUGAGGAGGCUCUAGCUUGUUGUGUGUGUGUGUGUGCGUGUGUGUGUGUGUGUGUGUGUGUGUGUGUAGGGGGGAGGUCCCUCUCUUGUUAGUUAGCGAGGUGCUGGAACAUGAGGAGGCUCUAGUUUGUUGUGUCCAGCCUCUUGCUUGUUUCUUGGAACUGUCUUUCUUUUUGACAUCACAGAGCUCCAGUCGUGAGAUAUGCUGCUAUCAGCAAUGCACACUCUUCUGCUCUGCCCUGCGGUCAUAAACACGGCUCUGUGGGGGAUGUAGCCCAGCAGAGGGGCGCUUCCAUGCAAGAUCCUGGGCAACUAGGGAGGGAAAACAAAGGGAGAAGCAUUUUAAAGAGUGCUGUGUGUCUCAGUGGCGGAGCGCGAGUACCUGGCUGGGAUGUCAGUGAAGCUGCGUUUCGUCUCGCCAGCAGAGGGCGGUGCAGUCAGCAGGAGUCGCUCGUUUGCUGGUUUCAGAGCGCUGCACGGCAGGAGAGCGCAAUUCUACGCUGUGAGCAGCAGUUCAGUGAGGUCCAGGGUGCCCUCUGUGAAAUCCAUGCAGAUGUACCCUGCCUCUAACAUGGCAGGAAGCAGCCCUGAGCCCCAGCCGCUCCAGGUGGAGAAGAUAUUCCGAGCUCUGAAGAAAGGCUUGAAUGAAUAUCUGGAAGCGCACCAGGCAGAGCUGCUCUUCCUGACCGCGCAGCAGAAAGACAUCAAGAGGAACUCAAGACUGGCUUUUUUGUACGACUUAGAAAAGCAAAUCCGAAUGGAGGAGCGGUACGUGAGAAGACUGGAAUUUCACCUCAGUAAGGUGGAGGAACUCUACGAGUCGUACUGCAUCCAGUGGAGGCUGUGUGACGGCGCCCGGAACAUGAAGCACGCUUUCUCCAUGUCGCCCUCCAGCAGAGCUUCCAGGGAGAGCCAGGUGGAGCUCAGCAGAAACCUCAGGGAGUGCAUGGAGGACAUGUGCCUGAUGGAAAGAACACUUGAAAUACUCCUGGGAGAGCUUCGGAUCAGGAUGAAAGGGCUGAUUGGUUUUGCACGCCUGUGUCCGGGGGAUCAGUAUGAGGUUUUCAUCAGGCUGGGUCGGCAGAGGUGGAAGAUAAAGGGGAAGAUCCAGAGUGACGACAGACAAACCUGGGACUCUGAGGAGAUGGUCUUCCUGCCCCUCAUUCACGAGAGCUUCGAUAUAAAGGUUACGGAGUUGAGAGGUCUGAGUACAGUUCUGGUAGGGGUGGUGACGUGUCAGAGUGCCAAUUUCUUCACUGCCAGACCGCAGAUAAUGGUUGUGGACAUCACUGAACUGGGAACCAUCAAACUGCAGAUGGAGGUCUUAUGGGACCCCUUUCACACUGGAGAGGUGAGCUCACCCAGCAGCCCCUCCGGCAGGCUCCCAGCCCCCAGCAGAAAGGGAUCCCUGUACAGCUGGACUCCUCCUAGCACUCCCAGCUUCCGGGAGAGGUAUUUCACUCAGUACCAGGACCCCGACAGCUCCUUCGCUCUGCUGCCUCCUGACUCCAGGGCAGCGUCCGUAUUGAAUUACCUGGCAGACAGUCCACAGGGCUCGCUCUCCCCCGUAUUCCCCCCAGACAAUGAGGGAUGGCAGGGGCCUGGAGCCAGCCCUCCCUUCCCUGAUGACAGGUCAGACUCGCAGGCGAAGGGGGGGCGCCUCUCCUCGGAGAUGGGAAGCAGUUGCUGGUCUGGAGAGGAAAGCAAAUGGGAGAGGUACAGCACGCCGGACAUCCUGAGAGAGAACAAGCCGACAGGAGGCCCCCAUGCCGACAGCGCCCCCUGGAGCCUCCACGGAGGAGACGCUGGCAGGAGGAGGAGUCUCACGACGCGACUGACGUUUCAAGACAGAGCUCAGAGUGCCACUCCCCUGAGGAGCACGUCCCGCAGGCUGGCAGAGCUGCUGCACGAGGUCAACGGAGACCUGCAGAACACGGGGAGACAGGACUGGGAGCUCAAGAGACUGGGGAAGCAAAUCCUGCUCUUUGGAGAUAUUCUAAAGAAUGACCUCUACCUGCACAAAACCUCUUCAAUGGAAACCCUGGCGGUGGAGGAGGAGGUGCUGGGCAGUUUCGAUUUCCUCUCCACUGAUUUCAAUGCUGACGAGCUGUCCUGCUUGGGCAGUGUGAGAGUCAGUGCAUUCCGAGAAGGCAUCCUUCCAAACCUGGGGAUGUUACCACAGGGCACCGAGUCAAGGACAGUGACAGAGAGAGUCCCGCUAACCACAGGGGACAGCAGCUUAGACCUGUCACUCGCCGUUCACCUGUGCAUGUGCAAGCUCCUUGUGCAGCUCCUGAGCUGCUCAGACUCCUCUGUGGUUCAGAGCGCUCUAUUAGAAGAGCUUUCUUUGCAAGCUGACGUCUUAGAGAAAAUAAGCAAACUAUCACUGGAGAAGUCUGCAAAUGAAUAUUCAGCUAGGGACCUUGUUCCAAAGUGUCAGAGGUUAAAAUCACUUCUCUCAUUCUGGGACGAAUGCACAGAAAGUGAGACAGUGUUCUACUGCUCCACAGAGAAGAUACUGAAGCAACUGAGGAAACGAUUCAUUCAUAAAGUGAAAGCGAAGCAGCCGGGCCAAGCAGACACAGUGUUCAGAAGGCUUCUCGAGCAGAUACUGUCCUCCUGCCGACUGGUCCCUCCCCCCAGCGUGUCUGAGGGAGCGCGAUUGGUCCUUCCCCCCAGCGUGUCUGAGGGAGUGCGAUUGGUCCCUCCCCCCAGCGUGUCUGAGGGAGUGCGAUUGGUCCCUCCCCCCAGCGUGUCUGAGGGAGUGCGAUUGGUCCCUCCCCCCAGCGUGUCUGAGGGAGUGCGAUUGGUCCCUCCGCCCAGCGUGUCUGAGGGAGUGCGAUUGGUCCCUCCGCCCAGCGUGUCUGAGGGAGUGCGAUUGGUCCCUCCGCCCAGCGUGUCUGAGGGAGUGCGAUUGGUCCCUCCCCCCAGCGUGUCUGAGGGAGCGCGAUUGGUCCCUCCCCCCAGCGUGUCUGAGGGAGUGCGAUUGGUCCCUCCGCCCAGCGUGUCUGAGGGAGUGCUGACAGUCUUCCAGCUCUUCAACUACCUGCAGAAAUGCAGCAUCACUGACUUCGGGGAACACCUCACCCAGCUCUCCAAAGAAGUGCAGCUCAUCGAGGCGCUGUCGUGUCCCAAGAGGAGGAGAGCUCUGAAGAGACUGAAGGGGAAGCGUCUCUCUCAGCUGCAGCCGCUGCCCCAGACCCUGCAGCUCCUCGCCAUGCUGCAGACCGACGAGAACCACAAGGUGUGCAGGGGAGCAGCGGCCUGUCUGUGCAGAGCAGCUGCAGUCAAGAGCUUCAGAGCAAAGGCCAUCGUGUAUUACACAGCCGCCCUGAGGGACAGUGACGUGCAGCUUCAACGAGCAGCCUGCAUGGCUCUCAAGUGUCUUAAAGCAGUGGAAAGCGUUGAGCAGAUUGCAGACCUCUGGCGCUCCGGAGAUGAGGAUUUGCGCAACGCUGCGAGAGAAGCUGUGCUUUCGUUUGGUAAAAAGGGCCAUAUUGUUUUCCUGAAGAUCGACAAAAUCUGUUGUGAGCUGCAAGAGGAGGCUUUCCAGAACAAGGACACUGAAAUCACUAUCCUCUAACAGUCACUGUCCCCCGAGUGAAUCCAUACAACCAGGUCAGAAAUCACUGUCCCCCGAGUGAAUCCAUACAGCCAGGUCAGAAAUCACUGUCACCUGAGUGAAUCCAUACAGCCAGGUCAGAAAUCACUGUCCCCUGAGUGAAUCCAUACAGCCAGGUCAGAAAUCACUGUCACCUGAGUGAAUCCAUACAGCCAGGUCAGAAAUCACUGUCCCCCGAGUGAAUCCAUACAGCCAGGUCAGAAAUCACUGUCCCCUGAGUGAAUCCAUACAGCCAGGUCAGAAUGAAGAGGAUCCUGAAAGCUGAAACAAUUUCAAAUUUUCUAAAGAUUGUAAAAUAUUGUAUCCAUUUUUCAGAAUAUAUUUUAUAACAAUGUUUAUUUUGACUAUUAGUA